AUUUCCAGCAACAGUGGGGUGCAUAGCCAAAAAGAAGGUCCAUGUGGAAAACCAUCACGUCUCUUGACUGAGGUCCUUGAGGCAUUGGAUAGACUAGCAACUUUUGAGAUGGCAUUUGGAGUUGAAAAUUUCAGUGGCCCCCAGUGGCAGUACUUUGCCUCUGUUGACCUCCUCGUUGAGCUGACAAAAUGCCUGCUUUCUAGCAAGGUCACCAGUGCAGUUAUCAUUUGGAGAAGACAUCAGAGUCAUUUUGUCACUCAGUUUAGUAUGGAAAAAUUGGAGUCUUUAAUUGGUUCAAUUCCCGAAGACUUACACUCUUCCAUUGUUAUUCCGUGGCUACAAGAUGACCUUGUGCCUUUUAUCAGUAAGGCCUUUCCCUCGGGUCUGCGGAUGCUCGCGAGUUGGUUGGAGCAAAGAGCCAAAAAUAUGGAGCUUUCUGAGAAGGAGGGUUGGCCUCAAAAUGCUUUGCAACUUGCAAGUGUCCUGUUGUGUGCGUCAAAGUCCGUUUCAGGGAGUGCUUCAGGGAGAGGUCUUGCCACUCCCGCUCAGUUUUCAGACCAGGUUUGUGGUCUUCCUGCAACAGCAAGAGCACUAUUAAAGGAUAGCAAAAAUAACUUGGAUGUUGACGAUGAAUUAGCCAGCUUAAUGAAGUUGGUUCAGCAGUUGACUGAGCUUGUAGAUCUUCACACCAAGUAUUCUUGUAAAAUAACGCUGGCAGAAUUUUCUCAGGAAACCAUAGCAACAAUAGUGUUUCGCCUGCUGGACCGUGUAGUGGCCGCUGAACUCAUUCCGAGUGCAAUCGCCAAAUACAUAGCACCGUACAUGGUUCAUCACAGCCUUGAUAGGGACACUAUGCUUCUACGAUACAUAGAGGAUUUGUUCAACAGAAGUGAUGGAUCCUACUCGUCAUUGUCUAACUCACUGUGGGAGGCCAGAGUUAUUGCAAUCAUUUCUUGCAUCAAAGAAAAAGAGGUCCGUUGCAAAGCAACUCUCGAAGUCAUGCGACAUGCUAUGAUACCUUGGAGCGAAAGUGUUGAAAAGCUGGUCUCUGAAUUCAUGGCAGCCUAUCCAAAUGAUAUGAACCUCAAGGAGCAGUUUAGACUUGUUGAGCUUAAAAAGAUGCUUUCUCAAUAUCGAAUAAGAAGCUUUCAUGUAUCUUACGCUGCACGAGCGAAGGCAAUAACAAGAUAUAUUUUGACCCGAGAUCAACCAAAUGUAAUGGAAGACGCCUUGAAGGUGGUAACAUCAUAUAGUCAUGUUACAGAAGACGAAGCUUACGUCUUUCGACUUCAGAAAUUGUGUCGUGAGGACAAGAUUCCAGCCUGUUUGGAGUUGCUAGAGUCAGUUCCAUUACCGCAAGCAGAACAGUAUGCGCAUGAACUGGUGACUUGGCUCAGUGGAAUUCUUGAAAAUAACUUCAGUGAUACGAAGGAAUUCUCUUCAGAGAAGAUUGUGGCUGCUCAAGCAGGGGUUGCAAUCUUGAAGUUCAUGAAGAAGCAUAACCUUUCAUCGAUUGUCGACGUAGAUGAAUCUCUUUCUACACUGCAAAUGAUUUCUGCACUUCAGAGAGAAUUCUCUGUAUUCCUGUCUGUCGAGGAGUAUCAGGUUCCCGACGUUCGGCAUGGAUUAUUUGAACAAUAUCUUCAACUGUAUUUAGAUUCUCGUGAAAAGAAGGACAGUGAUGUUUAUGAAAAGCAUGAUUCGCAAAAGAUUAGUAGCGAGGUAUGCUCUGGUGUAGAACAAGUGACAUUGACUAAACUAUUCAGGUUAGGGGAAUUAGUGGGAAUGUUAAAGGAAGAAAUAAGACUGACGUUGAUGUCCAAAGCAAUCUCUGCAGGGAAUAUAUCGUAUGCUUUAGAUAUGUGCAGGGAGUUGAUUGAAAGAGCUCCAUGUGCAAGAACUGCCUUGACCUUGUACAAAGUCGUUCUCAAUCUUUGUGAGACGCUUGCUGAAGGACACUCCAUAGUUACGGAUAAGAACGAGAACAUGUAUCACCUGACUCAUACGAUACAUCAGCUCUUGUGUCAAGCAUCGACUCACUGUUCAGCAGAUUUGCUAUGUGACUGCGCUGAGCUGUGCAAGUAUUGCCGUCUGACAGACUCUGUGUACUCGCAGUGUGAGAGUGGUGAUUACGGAUUUUCCGUCCAAACAACUCCACAAAGCUCAAGUCAGGAUCCCUUUAUGGAAUGGACAUUUGGUAAAAGGUUCAGGGAAGACUGUCUAGUGCUGGAUUCUUUUGUUGCUUUGCCCUUAGCUGCAAAGCUUAGCAUAGCUGCAGUUCCAGCCAAUUACAACUCAGCCGGACAAAGACCAUUUUAUCAAGCACGAGUAGCUGGUAGAAGACAAAAGUGUCAAGAAUCAAAGGCAACUGAAAGUGGUGAAGUGGAUAAACAGUCUUCGUAUUUGAUGCUGACUAGUAGUGCUGGACUUGGCAUAAUCAGACACCUUCAGGAUAACAGUCUGUGCGAGUUGGCUUUACAGUAUUUACUUCAGACGCUUGGUGUCUGUCUGCAACAUUUUGCGGUAAACAGUAUGCUUAGUAACGACAAGGAGAAUCAAAAGAGCGGCGAAAUUGAGAAACAGAGGCUGGCGAAGAUUGCCACUAUGAGCAUUAAAAUGAUGCAGGAGCUUUCUGGAAACCUUUUGAGGAAGGUAUUCAAUUAUCGAUCAGUUGACCAUGACGUGGGUCUUGGUUACCUGUGUUCCAUACCAAAACAGACUGCCUUUCAGAUCUUGGUAUCUGGAACAAACUUCCUUGGUCAGAGCUGUACUAAAAUUCUGGCGUUUUCUAAGGUUGGCAUGGACUAUGCUCAGCUGUGUAAUGAGCCUGCUGUUCUGCAAAAGUGUCAGGAAAUAUUUACCAAUGCCACAUGGGGAAUAAAACUUGGACGACUUAAGAUGUCGUUGAAGGACGUGUAUAAAACCGACCGGGAAGAGAAGUUAGCUAUUUUACCAGACCUGAUGCAAAAACAACAGAUUAGCCUUGAGAUGAUUUUGGAGUUUUGCAGGGCAUUUAAACUAGACGAGGAUAGCGCUUUGUUGACGUAUGUUAGACAGCAAUUGCUCCCACCCUCCCCUCGCUCGCCGCUGGUGGUUUCACAAGAUGGUGUGGAAGAAAUGAAUUAUCAAAGGAAUGUGCGGAAAGUGGUCCAUAAAAUUUCCUGCUCAAGUUCCCUUCUUAAACUGAUGGUGGAAGUAGGGUCAAAGGUGGAUCCGUAUGACUAUGAUACAAUUCUGUUCAUACUCAACCUGGUGAAGGAACUCUCUCAGGAAACUGCUUCAACUGUUGACAAGGGUAUUCAGUUAUUGGACUACCUGUAUCAGUACGAGCGCAAAGCAGUGCCAACCAGUUAUGAGAGAUCGUUUUAUUCUUCAUCACAGAAUACUGACAGUGAAAAGGCCACCUUGGACAACGAUAAACCGUUGUCCGUGAUGUCGAGAACGAGGCUCCCAUAUCAUUCUCUGCUUUACGGGAAUCCAUGGAAAAUUCUUGCUCCCGAGUUGUCAGAGGAAACAGUUCCAAAGCUUUUGGGCAUUGCUAACUUGCUCAAGCUUUCCAGUGAUGAGAUGUACCUCACAGCUAUACGUAACUUAGCGCGAUCUUCAGUCGGUCCAGCGGUUCCUUGUGAUCUUGAUGGUGAUCCCAACAUAAGUGGUCUGAAUGUAAAUGAAGGACCGAGCCAACUGGUGAAGAACUACAACAGCGAAAAGGCCAAGAGUAUGCUGUAUGCUGUUAACAACAAGGAGAUGGCCAUAGCCGCUGCCAAGUGGAUCGCUCAAAAUUUACCUCUCGGCGAGGAGAAAAUAGAUAUGCUGAAGACUUGUGUUGACCUUGCUAAGACUUGGAAAUCGGAAUGUUCUGAAAAGGAUGAAGAGAAGGCAAAACUCACCCAUAGCCGCUUGUUGGAGCUGUGUCGGGGCGUGGCCACUGAACAUGUACUCCACAAAUAUAACAUUGUAGACCCUUCCAUCGCUUCUUUAACAAGUAAACCGGCCAAACUGGUUUGUCAGCUGUAUGAAAAAUAUGGAGCUAGAGAACCAGGCACUGCUCACCUACCGCCAGACAUCCACAAAACUGCGGAGGAAGUCGCAAGUGUGAACAAUACCAAGAUAGAGAAGAUCAGGCUUUAUUUAAUUGAGAAAUGGCUACCUUCCUCAGCUGAAACAUCAGGUGACACGGAGUUGAUCACACCUGUUAGUGAGGAAAAUGAGGAAGAUGAGCAGAACCUGAAAAGGGUCAUCUACAUCAUGGAAAGCAGCAGCGACCGACCAACUACUGUUACAUUCCUUCUCAAUCUUGCAAACAAGACUGGGUCUUCGAGCACCUGUCGUCUACGUGCGCUUCGAACUCUUUUCGCCAUUGCUCCUGGAGAAUUCAUUGAAAAACUGUGCAAAACUUCAGUCAGCGUGAUCAGGCAACAGAUGCAGGCUCUAGUUUGUCUCGCUGAGCUCGAGGGAUUACACAUACAGCAGUCGGCAAGCGCGUUUGACAAAUGCAACAAGGAAGGACUGGUACGAGGACUGUGGAGAAACCAUAAGCACGAGAGGAAGGCUGUACGUCUUGUAGCGGACUUGUGUCUUGAUAACAACAUAAACGAUCCUCAGCUGUGGAACAGUGUUCUUCAGCAGCUUCUGGCUUUUGGAAUGAUAAAAUACCUUCGUCGGGUUCUUGUUAACUUAGCUGGGAUUUCUGACCUGUGGCAGGUUCGCUGUUUGCCUCAAGUAUGGAGAAGUGUGCUAACAGCCCCCUUCAAAUCAGUUUCUACACCGUUAUCAGAGGAGGAGGUCGCUGCUUGUGAAGAAUCUGCAUCACUACUACAGAGAUGUCCUAUCCUCCUCGACCUUGAUGUGUACUCCAUCGCAGUGCAGUUCCACAAAGUUGGUCUCCAGGCCCACUCACUGGCCUGUCUCCUGCUAAUCCCGUCAAGUAGUGCGCGCGAAAAGCAUAUUCAGGCACUGCUGGAGACAAACUGUGUGAAUGUUAUUCUUGCUCAGUUGGACGAACAACGUCAAAGAGGAAGCACGUUAAUCCAACCUGAUGCUGUUGAACAGGAGGUGUUUAAAUAUGUCGAACAAAAACAAGAGUAUCAGAUACUCCUCGGAACAGCUUAUUUUGACAAAUUGCUUAAAUUCCUUAUCAUGGGCAAAAACAUUAACGGGAUUCUACUCAAGACAAUACAAGCUGGCAGGUUGGAAAAUGCAAUACAACUUGUCCAACUUUUUCACCAAGCGCACCUUGAUAUGCCGUCGGCUCAGUAUAUAACAUCUCACCAGAUGAAAGGGUUUGACGAACUAUGGACGUUUCUGGAGAUGCACGGGAUGUUAGACGCCUGUCUACCAUUUCUUCCCAAGUUAGAUGCUGACCAAAAGGAUGAUGAGCCUGCAGGGCACCAGACCCAGUCCUUUUGGGUUCAAGAAGGGGAAGAAACAAUUGGACAAACAAUGGAACAAAGUGCUAUCGAUGAUCAGCGUGACCACUUUAUGUUAACGCUGACAGAUUGCAGCAUGGAGGUCCCGCUGUAACAAGGGAACCAAUAGUACCUGUUAGUCAUUUCUGCGUAAGCGUGGUUGAAAAUGGAUACUAAAACAAUGCAAUAGAAGUUAUGUAGAAAAUUGUGGAGUGCAAUGUAUUCUAAGAUAUCUUUAGACAGAUUAAAAAGGUACCUUUCGAA